GUCACGUCCUGCGCGCCAGGGACCCCAGGUGCCGCGUCCGGUGACCAUAGGCCGUGACUGGGGGCGGGGGAGGGCGCGGCCGGCCGAGCCUUCUCGGACCUGGCACGCGGACUCUCCCUCUGCGGGUGGACUUUGCCCAACUUGUCACCUCCCCAGGCCUAUUUAGACCCAGAGACCGAACACGGCCCUCAGCCAGGGAGGAGUUUCUGUCUCUGUCGUGUCCUCUGGUCACCGUGUUCGGGGACAAACAACGUCACGUUGCCAAAGUGGGGAAUUAGGAGGCAGCACCCGGCGCGCUGUUUCGUUUUUUCUAGUCCUGAGCCACUGACGAAGGAAGGAGCUGGGUGCUUGGCCAUCGGAGGCAUGAAUUACGCACGGUUCAUAACCGCCAGGAGCGCAGUCCGAAAGACUUCUCCCAUCAGAGCCACCGCUGAUAUUGUGAGCAAGGCACCAAAAUCACUCAUCUCCCUGGCUGCUGGAACUCCAAAUGCAAAAAUGUUCCCCUUUAAGAGUGCUGUUAUCACUGUAGAAAAUGGAAAUUCCAUCAAGUUUGGAGAAGAGGUGAUGAAGGAAGCACUUCAGUAUUCUACAACUUCUGGACUUCCGAAACUUGUGUCCUGGCUAAAACAGUUGCAAAUAAAAUUGCAUAAUCCUCCCACCAUUCAUUAUCCACCCAGUCAAGGACAAAUGGAUUUAUGUGUCACAUCUGGCUCCCAAGAUGGUCUUUGUAAGAUAUUUGAAAUGCUUGUUGAUCCUGGAGACAACAUCCUCCUAAAUGAACCUGCUUAUUCAGCAACCAUUCAAGCUCUGCUACCACUGGGCUGCAACAUUAUUAAUGUUCCCAGCGAUAAAUAUGGGAUUAUUCCAGACUCCCUCACAGAAAUACUUUGCAAAUGGAAACCAGAAGAUUCAAAGGACCCCAAGAAAAAGACCCCCAAAUUUCUAUACACUGUCCCAAAUGGCAACAACCCAACUGGAAAUUCAUUGAGAGGUGACCGAAAAAAGAAAAUCUAUGAGCCCUGGGAACCAACAUUUCUUUCCAUGGAUGUUGAUGGGCGUGUCAUCAGAGCUGACAGCUUCUCAAAAGUCCUGUCCUCUGGGUUGAGGGUAGGGUUCCUAACUGGCCCAAAACCCCUGAUAGAAAGAAUUCUUUUACACAUUCAAGUUUCAUCCCUACACCCCUGUACUUUCUCACAGUUCAUGGUGUUGGAGCUUCUGCAGCAGUGGGGAGAAGAGGGAUUCCUGGCUCAUGUACAGAGGGUCACUGAUUUCUACAGGAGCCAGAGGGAUGCAGUAUUGGCCGCUGCAGACAAGUGGCUAAGUGGUUUGGCAGAAUGGAAUGUUCCCGUUGCCGGAAUGUUCUUAUGGAUUAAAAUUAAAGGCAUUCCCGACACAGAACAACUGAUUAAAGAAAAAGCCCUUAAGAAAGAGGUCUUAAUGCUUCCUGGAAAUGCUUUCUAUGUCGACAGCUCGGCCCCUAGCCCUUACUUCAGAGUAUCCUUCUCUUCAGUCUCUCCAGAACAGAUGGAUGUGGCCUUCCAGAGACUAGCUCAACUUAUAAAAGAAAAUUUAUGAAGAAAUCAAACUGAUUAUAGUACUCAUAGAUUUUCCAGAUAAAUUAUUUUUGUGUUUAUUUGUAAGAAAUGAACAUUGAUGUUGGACUUCUAUAUUGGACUCCAUAAAAUGUGUCAUGUCUGUAUAUGUCCUAUUUUAACUAGACAAGUUUUGAAAUGCCUUUAAGUCCAUCAGAUGGCCAAAAUAUAUUUAGAAUUUACUUAUAGCUUCUGAUUAAUUUUCAACCUGCAAAAAAUAUUUUUAUCUUGGAUUCUAUUGUGAAGUGCUCAGUAGUUGCUUUAUAAUAUCCUGUAAAUCUUCGAAACCAAACACAUUAUUUUGAAAUUUUAAAGAAAUAAGUUCAAAAUGAUAUAUAAGGUAUAUUUUUUUCUAUUUUUAGGGAAAUUUAGUGAGAGAUUAUUAUAAAAAUUGUUCUAAUUUGACCAUUAUAAUUAUAAAUAAUCCUUUGGUAAGAAUACCAUAGACAUUAUCAUAUGCUUCAGACAUCCCUUUAAAAUAAAAUUCUGGAAUUAAACCUACCUGAAGGCAUUAGGCCUAUUAAUUCUAAGUAAGGAGGGGAAAUCGUGGGCAUAGGAAAAUUUACUACAUUGUGUUUUCAUGAUACUACAUAAUGUACAAAAUCACAUUCUUAUCAGUUAUGUUACUGAAAUCUACUACAACCCUUUGAGGUAUUAGGAUAUAUUUUUUUAAAUCAUUAUUUUCCCAUCCAAUUAUUAAAGUAACAUAUUCUUUUUAAAAAUAUAUUAUUUUAUUUAUUUAUUUUUAUGUGGUGCUGAGGAUUGAACCCAGUGCCUCAUGCAUAAGAGGCAAGCACUCUACCACUGAGCUACAACCCCAGCCCUAAAGUAACAUAUUCUUAUCCUAAACUUUCAAACAAUAUAGAAAGCGUGAGGAAUAAAGUAAAAGCCCCCAUUGAUAAUUGCUGUCAGCAUUUAUCAUUUUUCUUUCAAGAUGCUUUCUUUUGCAUGCACAUUGUAAUAUCUAAACAACAGGUACUCAUUGUGAUAGUGCACCAUAAAUACCCUGUAUUAGUUUUCUAUCACUGUUUAACAAAUUAACACUGUGUUUCAAGAUCCAGCAAUUGUAAACUUAUGGGUUCCUUUGAGGAACUGGAAGUUUAUCUCCUUAUGAUUUAUUCUAUCCCUUGUGUAUAUGAAUAUCUCCAUGAUACUUUUUAUUGACUUGGCAUCUGGGUGAAAUGUCACAUCAUCUUCUACCUCAAAGGUCAAAGCACCUGGCCCCAAGUCCAAAUCCUUAUUUUUGAGGCAACUGGUCACAGCUCUUUAGAAGAGAUUAAAGAGACUCAGGGCCUAAAGGACGGCCAAGAUGAAGACCUAACAAUCCCCUUAACUGGGAGAAGAGGAAAGUAUAAAUUAGACUUAUGGAGAUAAAAUAAGCCUUCUACUUACUUCAUUUAGUAAUUUUCAGCAAUAACAAAGAUGUCCCAGCCCAGCACUCCAUAACGAGUCCUGCAGCUUCUAAGAAAUUCUACUCUCAUUCAGUACAAAGAUGAUCCAUUGUUUCAUCCUCUCGCUGAAGAGUGCCCUGAAAUGGACUCAUCUUACUUUUGCAGCAAUUUGCACAUAAAGAUCAGAAGGUUGUGACAACAGCCAUUAGGAGGUAAUACUAAGAAACUAGAGUACACUCUUUGACAGGCAUCUCCACAAACUUAACUAAUCAAAAUUAAACAAUACUAAGUUUAUGUAACAAAGGUAGCUCAGCAACACUCAAGUCCAGCUGAUCAGAGUCUUUUUUCAGGGCGUGAUAAUGAUUAAGAGGUAUCAUUUUGGUAAUUAGCCUGUUAACACAGUAAUCUGGAGACCCACAAAGAGAAACGUAAACAUUAGAAAACUCUGGAAUACCACACUUCAGGAUGCCUGCAAACCAACUGUCAGCUGCUCUCAUAAAUACAUUAGGAGUUCCUUCUCCCUGAGAAAUGUCCUAAUUUAGUUAGUGGCAAGGUCCAGAGAAACAGUCAUAUCAGCCACCUUUUAGAUUAAGUUUUCUGUAGUAGUAAAAUCAGAAGAAGAAUAGGUACGAUAAUCAGUUUUGUUCAUCACAAAUUUAUACAAGCCCUCAACAUGGGCAAAGAGAGAAAAAGAUGAAUGAUGUUCCACUAAAUGUGUGUCAAACAUGUAUAAUCUCAUUUACUUUUUGGAUAAUGGCUUCUAAGUAGAACUUCUAAAUAGAACUGAACCCCAGAGAGACCUGAAUGACUACAAAAUCCAAGAUUUACCCUUACUUGCAGAGUAGCUUCAAAUUCCAUAUGACUAGAUUCUGCUGGCUGUCCAGAGUAAUUCCAUAGGAACCCUAUGGGAAACUUUCUUCAGAGGAAACUAACUUAUCUUCACCUAUUUCAAGUUUGGCACUAAUUUCAGUUACUGACUGCUUUGCCCUCUGAUGGUGGAAUAUUAUCCAGAAGCCAAGACUGAGCCAGGGCAGAUGGCAAGAUCCAAACCAACAAGGAGGCAAAACAGGAAGAAAAUUCUCUGUAGACCCAAUAUAGGCCCUCAGGGAAUGGAAAAGAGGGCCACCUAGUGGCGCUUGCAUAGAAGUCAGUCAAAUUUGUUCACCCAUAAGCCUGUGCAGCUCUUAAACAAGGUCUGAUGGAAACUUACUUUUAUGCGGUACCCCUGUAGCAUGCUAUAAUACUACAUAACAACAUUUAGUAGAAAGGGACCUUACUAGACCUAAUUCAGUAACAUUAUACAAGCAAUUAUUUGUACCUACAUAAGUAGUCCCUUGGUCUUGACUGUGCAAUACCUAGAAAUACAUACCUUUUGCAGGCAUCACUUGGAUAGGUUUUCCAUAUUUGAUAGUGAACAGGUUACUAAUAGAAAGGUCAGGGUAGUAUUUCCAGUCAGUGUAAGAAACUAAGCAGUAGUGAUAUGUACAAUAGCACAGUCUUCCCUUUUACUUUUGGGUUUUCAGAAUCAGUCUCAUUGGAAACGCAGAGGCUUGAUGUUAGGGAAAUUGUUCCUUGAAGAAUGGAAACGUUUAAAAAUGGAAACUUCGAGGACUCAGGGAGGACCAGGUGGUUGGCUGACCCUCUAUGAGUCCAUGCUUACCAUUGAAUUUAUAUCCUUUCAUAUACCAACUUUGUCAGGAACCAUUGCACUCUUUAUUUGAUAUUUACUUGAUAUUCAUUUACUUGAUACCACAUUUCCUUGAUAUUCAGGAUUAGUUCAUAGGUAGGGGCUUCAACAUUAACAAAGGCAAUCCAUAAGGGUAAUGGGAUAUCAGAAAGGAGUUCAUCUACUUGGACUCUGUUUUUUAUGUGGGUCCAACAACAAGAAGCCAUUUUUGUUCCCACAACAUGCCAAAAUUGUGGACUACUCCAAAAAGCAUAUCUACUAUCUGCAUAAACAUUUACAGAUUAGCUAUUCACAAACUUGGGUAAGAGCAAAAAACCCUAAAGGCCAAUCUAACUUCCACUGGGAAAGAGUUCCCUUUUCUAUUGACUCAUCUUGGUUUAAUGGGAGACCCUUAACUGAUAUUUUCCCAUUCAUCAAAAAGCAUGAACUCAGGAUUAUCCAAUGGGGCAUCUCACAGAUCAACCUGAGAAGCCACUCUUUCUCAGCCUACACUCAUACAAUUGUGCUUUUCACCAUCAUCAGGUAGAAGUGAUAGGGUUAUGGUGCAACAUUUUAGAUGGACAGCAGGAGAAAGGAGAAGAAUCUCACCAAUUUCUAGUAGUCUACUGUUAAGAAAUGCUGAGUUUGGAAAUUAAUAGACUUUUCACAGCAAGUUGGACUUGCAUAUAAUAAAGUUCAUUUCCUAAAACCCA